UCAAAAGAUGCUUGCUAUCGAGAUUCCGGAAGUGCGGCCAUGACGGUGCACAUAGAUAAAAUUUAAUUGAAAUGUUAAAUGGAAUCUGAAAGAGCAGAAAAAAUAUUUACUUGUUUUCUAUGUGGGAUGAAUGAGAAAUAUCAUUAUUAUGGUAGAUCAUCACCCUUCGUCAGAAGUAUUAGUUUUACAGAAGAUGCCUAUAUAGCCAAGGAUCCAUUUGCUCCAAAAGGUCACAAAUUAUUUUUAUUACUGGGAAGUCACUGUUCAGUUUGUAAUAAUGUAGUUUGUCAAUCAAAAAUUUUGUGUAAAGUGUGCAAAGCAACAUAUUUCAAGAUUUCCAAGUCAGAUUCAAAAGGAUAUCUCAAAAAUUUGAUAGCAGGUUUUGUUUUAUUAUUUAAUAUGAAGAUAUGAAUUAUUUUUCAACAACAGAGACUUAUGCUGAAUGUCAAUUAAUUUCAUUGAUUACUUUGUACAAUUAAAGUAUUCUUCAUCUGCAUUAUUUUUGUGAAUCAUAUUUUAUCUCAGUAAGAGAUUUUAUCUUAUU